AACCAACGUUAAGUACAGUUGAUUGAGUGCAUAUUGAGGGAGCAAUGGAAUUGAACGGACGACACGGUGACAUUGUUUUUGAAUAAGAAAAAAAAGAAACAAAAUAUCUGGUAAUUAGAAGUUAUUUGUUUCUCCACGAAAAUGUUUGUGGAGAAGCCGGGAAUGAUAAAAAAUGGUAUACGCUACAAACCGGAAUGUUCAGUGUCUGGAGCUUUGGGCUUGGUGCUUCGUCUAUCGCAAUUGGUCGGCAUAGGACCUUUGAGAUUCAGAAAAAGAAACCGUGAUUGGUUCGUCUCGUUGUCACCGUCUCUCUGCUUGAUCAGCUACGUCGCUGCUACUGUAUUAAACACAGCAGCACUGACCGGCUUAUUACUCGAUUUGCAAGCGAGGCCUUCGAAGUCGGCCCGAGUGUCGUCACCAACACUGAAGUUCGUGUGGGUCAGUGACUACAUAGUGGUGCUGGUGAUUGCCAGCGUCGCAGCAUACGGUGCUCCCAGGCGACUCACCACCACGAUACUGUGCUUGGCAAGAAUACAAAAGAUAAAUACUGGAGUAAGCAGCAAGUCCUCGAACGAAUGGAAAACGAGCUUAUUACUUACGGCUUUCCUCUUAUAUGUUGCGUGCGUUUUAACGGCGGAUUACUGCAUCUUUCUAAGAGCAGUGUUUCUAUCUGAUAGAGCAUUCACUGCGGCGUGUCUUUAUUCGUUCUACUACUUCGCCUAUUUCCUUCUGGUUUUGCUGGAGAUGCAGUACGUAUUCAGCGCCUUGGAAGUGUCCAAAACUAUGGGACGCUUGAACAAGUUGAUAGGGGAAGUCGAACACAUGUUAACUAUGCAUUAUGCGUCACUCAAGAAAAUUGAAUCAAAUGACCCCAUAAAGCUACCAUUGAAAUACGAUAAUCUUAUGAUAGACUCUAUGGAUACAUUUAAAUUCGAUUCAGGGAUGACAGUGGGACUAGCCUCAAAGUCGAUAAGUGAAACCAUUCGCCGUCUCGCUUUAACGUACAUGGAAGUGUGCGAGGUAGUGAGGCAGCUGGACAGCAGCCACGGCGUCGGGGUUCUGCUGUUACUCCUCUCAUUCCUUCUGCAUCUGGUCAUCACGCCCUACCAUCUGAUAGUGAAGAUCACGUCUUCCAGAGGCAUAGAUGCCGCAGCUGCGUUGCAGGUGUUGUGGUGUGGUCUGCAUAUCGCUUGCACUUUUAUAGUAGCCGAGCCAAGCUACCGGAUCCAACUAGAUGUACAGCGCACCAAUUUGCUGGUCAGCCAUAUGCUUUUCAAAUCCAACGAUGCUCAGGUAUACAAGGAGCUAGAGAAGUUCUCUAUGUAUCUCACGUUGAAUGAAGUCAUUUUUCGCCCCCUCGGUGUCUGCAGGUUAACGAGAUCACUUGUUACUUCUAUCAUUGGGAGCGUAGCUACGUACUUAGUGAUUAUAAUUCAAUUCCAGCUUUCGGAACAGUAAAAUAGAUGUAAGCACACAGUUCGUAAAUAAGUCGAACGAAGCCUUAAUAUAGGAGAAGAGAAGAAAACUUAACGAAUUUUCGGAUUGAACAAGUGAUCUUUCAUUUUUUAAAUAAUAUAAUUAUUAAAUCAUUUCUAAAUAAACGAUUGUAUAUACUAAAUGAAAAUAUUUUACUAUCUAAUCUAAUUUUGAUUCUAAUUAGGCAUGAUUUUACACAAGACCAACU